AUUUCCAAACGUGAUGCCAACUUUAGACCAACUUCCAUAUUCCACCACGGUUCUAAAGUCGGAGCUGGGAUUUGGGCUGCAGACAAAAUCUGGCAAACAAUCGGCGAGCAUUACUGUGUGGAAGAUUCCGGACAUAUGAACACCAUUGCCCAACUUUUGUUGCAAGAUGGCAAUGAACAAAAGAAUGUGUCUUGUAUAAGUGGAGUUCAUUUCCGACAGUUCCUGCCCAGCCCUAAGGAGCACAAGUUUUCUAUGGUGGUCAGCGCCCACAUGUUGAUGGAGCAGCAGACGCAAGUUGACCGGCUGCAGCUAGUGAAGGAUCUGUGGGAAAUGGCGGAAAACUACUUGAUUCUGGUCGAGAUUGGAACAGGAGCAGGUUUUAGCGUAGUAAAUGAAGCCAAAGAUUUCAUUCUCCUGAAUUCUCAUCAAGGUACUCAGCUCUUGUCACCUGGCCAUGUCUUUGCCCCUUGCCCGCAUGAUAAACCCUGCCCCAAACUGAGAGUGAAGAACCAGCCUUGUCUCACAGAAAGUGUGCUCCGAGAUAUCGACUUCACCAAAUCUAAACCGGCAGAGAAAGCCAUGAGAAAUGCCAGAUACUCGUAUGUGAUUUUGAAGAAGGGGCCAAGGACAGCAGAGACUGAGUGGCCACGAGUCUUGCAUCCAAUCAAAGCUCAGAGACAUGUGCACCUUCACAUGUGUUUGCCGUGUGGGGAGAUGCAGCAUGUGGUCAUAACUAAGGGAAAGUUUGAGAAACAUCUGUACAACUGCGCCAGACAUGUCGAGCAAGGAGACCGCUUGCCUGUUAGCCUGACAUCUCAACCGCUGACUACAACUACCAGCUCAGAAGAAGGUGACUGCGAGGAAUCAGGCUCUGAAAGUGAUGUAGACACAGACAAGGCCCGUGACCAGGAGAAGAAACAGCUGUAG